CACGGACAUAAACAGAAGGUCCAAAGUCAAUAUCUGUUAGAUCUCAAGAUGGGGGCAAUUGCAGUGGAGCAAAAGACCAAUAUUUUUGUUUUUCGAUUCUUUUUUUAAGCUUUCAGCUACCCUUUUACCACCAUUUUAAAGAUACUAAAAAUAGUGUAAUGGCCAACAUUGUCAAACCAUUCAAUGCACAUUUGUUAGUACUGCCUCUACAGUCAGCAGCUAGAAGAAUUCUAUCACAAAGUCCUUCAAACAAGGCAAAAUUUACUUGUCAGUGUUGGAAAAGCACUGCAAAUAAUAAUAGGCAUGUACGAAGAUACACAACAUAUUUACUGAUUCGCAAAAACAACAAUAUUAUGCUAAAACAUCACCAAGUACUUAAUAACAUCAAUCAAGAGAGACACAUAGUUUUAUUACGUGUUAUACGAGCUGUUUCAAAACUUCGCUAUAUCUUUCUUGGUGCAGCUGGAACAGCAGGAGUGGGUGCAAAGUUAACGUAUGAUAAAUGGAAAGACAAAUGGUUGGCAUUUCAAGAUCAGAUCCCUGACAUUGAAUGGAUGAAGGAAUACUAUCCACAAAGCUUUUUUGGAAGCUUGCAAGAUUCAUUAAGCGAAAAUUCUUCAAAACUAAAAGAAAUGCUGGAAGCAACAAAAAGUUUGUUGUUUGGUAUUGCUGGGGAUGUUGUGGAAACAGAAGUUCAACCACCAGUUCUCAAUGCAAGUAUAUUUCCAACGGCCAAAGAAGAAAUAGAAAUAACUGAUGAAGAAAUUGAUGCCGAGAUGUCACGACAGAAGAAUCAAGAGCAAAAGCUUCGAGAAUUAUUGACACGAGCUCAAGAAGAACUACUAGAAAUGCAACAAAAGUUUCAAAGGGAGAUCGAUCGAUUGGAGCAAGACAACAGAGAUUUAAGGAAACAAAUCAUGUUGGGGAAAAAUAAAACCCAAACAAGCUCAAGAAAAAUGAAGAAAUCACUCAUUGAUAUGUACUCUGACGUAUUAGAUCUAUUGUCAGAAUAUGAUUCAAAUUAUGACAUACAAGAUCAUCUACCCAGGGUUGUUGUCAUUGGUGAUCAGUCUGCUGGAAAAACAAGUGUAUUGGAGAUGAUUGCACGGGCUCGUAUAUUUCCAAGAGGUUCUGGUCAAAUGAUGACUCGAUGUCCAAUUAUGGUCACCCUUACUGAAGGACCCAACCAUAUAGCAUACUUUAAGGGAGACGAACAACAAUGUUUUGAUCUGACAAAAGAAUCAGAUCUAAAGUUGCUGCGUCAAGAAGUGGAAGCAAAAAUGACAAAAUGUUUAAAACGAGGUCAAACGAUAAGUUCUGAUGUUUUAUCAAUGUAUGUAAAAGGUCCUGGCCUGCCCAGGAUGGUUCUCGUUGACUUACCAGGAAUUAUCAGUACAGAGACCAGUGAGAUGGCUAGUCAUACGAAAGAAGACAUUGCUAAAGUCAGCAGGCACUACAUGUCUAAUCCAAAUGCAAUAAUAUUGUGCAUUCAAGAUGGUUCAAUUGAUGCAGAACGGAGCAUUGUGACUGAUUUGGCAAGUCAAAUGGAUCCAACAGGAAAACGAACGAUUUUCGUGAUGACCAAAGUUGAUUUAGCAGAAGCGAAUAACACAGACCCUUCAAGGAUCAGGAAGAUACUGUCAGGAAAGUUAUUUCCAAUGAAAGCAAUGGGAUAUUUUGCUGUGGUGACAGGUACAGGCAACAACAGUGAGAGUAUUGAUCUCAUUAAGCAAUAUGAAGAAGAUUUUUUCAGAAGUUCUAAUCUAUUCAAGUCUGGAAUUCUUAAAGCAAGUCAGAUGACGACUCAGAAUCUCAGCUUUGCAGUUGCAAAUUGUUUUUGGCAAAUGGUCAGAGAAUCAAUUGAGCAACAGUUUGAUGCAUUUAAAGCGAAAAAAUUCAACUUAGAAACUGAAUGGAAAAACAACUAUCCGACUGUCCGUGAGCUAGAUCGUGAUGAAUUAUUCGACAAAGCUCGUGGCGAGAUCCUUGAUGAAGUUUUGAGCUUAUCACAAACCAAACCACAUGAGUGGGAACAACUCUUAUCUGGAAAUUUGUGGAAAUCGAUCCAAGAGUAUGCUUUCGAAAAAAUAUACUGGCCUGGAGCCCAAACCAGAAAUCCAACAGAGUUUAAAACAAAAGUAGACAUUUUGCUAAAACAAUGGGCGGAGCGUGUUUUGCCAGUAUAUGCAGUUCAAGUUGGCUAUGAAACGUUGUUGUCACAGUUCUCUUUGGCAAUGGAGGAAGGCGUAGAAAUAGGUGGAAAGAAAGACGCGCAUAGUAAAUUAUUCGAACCGUUAAAAGCACAGGUGCAAAAAGAUUGUGCUGAAGGUCAUAGCUGGCAAGCUCGUGCAAAGGAAAGUUUGAGAGUUAUACAACUUACAGCACUCGAAGACAGCAAUGUCCCCAGUAAGGAACAGUGGGAUGAUGCAAUUAAGUUCAUGGAAGAUACCAUAACUCUAGAAAAUCAAAAAUCAGAACAGAUUUUAUCAUCCCUGAUUGGUCCUGGUUGGCAAGAAAGAUGGCUGUAUUGGACAUCUCGAAGUGGUGAACAGCAUUUUCACAACGAAAUCAAAAAAGAAUUAGACAAGUUGUUACAAGCAUCUGAGGUAACUCAUUCAUCAGCCUUAGAAGAUGACGAAGUAACCGCUGUCAAACGAAACUUGCAAACAAAUAACAUUGAAGCAUCACCAAACGAGAUUCUACGUGUAUGGAGGACAUUAUAUCGUACAUAUUUUUUGGACAGAUCUUUACAAGGCGUACAAGAAUGUAGAAAAGCUUAUUUCCAUAGACAUUUAGCAAAGAAUGAGUUGGAAUGUAAUGAUUUAAUUUUAUUUUGGCGAUUUCAAAAAAUGUUGCAAACUACAAGUAAUUCACUACGUCAACAAAUAAUGAACACAGAAGCUCGAAGACUUGAAAAUGAAGUUAAGGAAAUUCUAGAUGAAAUAAGUCAAGACCAUGAGAGAAAAAAAGAACUUAUUAAAGGAAGACAGGUGGACUUGGCUGAAGAACUUAAACGGGUUCGUCAUAUUCAAGAAUGCUUAGAACAAUUCGUUGAAGCAUUAAAACGAGAGAAGUCUUUCUAAGAUGGAAGAAAAAUUAGUAUUUAUUAGCUCAUAUUAGCUUUUAAUUUUUUAUAUGCACAGUUGCCACGUGGGUUAUUAAAGAUUCCAUAAUGUGAUCAGGUAUUAUAUCAGGAAAUAGUCUUUUAUUAGAGUUCCUUGUACAUGAAAGGAUAUGAUUUUUAUGUGAGUUAGCACAUGCCACAUGUGUGCUUUUCAGAAUUCUCUAAAUUCUGCUUUGUUUUUCUCUUGAGAAGGAUAAAAAAAAUUUCCUAGAAACUCUAUUUAUGAUAAUCCUUUAUUGCUUUUCCCAUAAAAAUUAAUGAAACCUUGUCGAUCUUUCUGAUUAUUGCAAAUUAACAGAUGUGUGUUACUAGUUACUUACGCAAAACAGCCUGUUUUGUUUAAAACUUCGGUUUGCGUCAAUUUGUUGGAACUAAUGAAAUAAUAAAGACAAUUGAUAUUCUUUUUUUCAACGUUUGCAUCAAUUAAAUCGGCAUCAUUAUAUCUUUGGUUUGAAUGAUUAUUCCACUAUAAAUAUGUGUAGUAUGUAUAUCCACCCUGUGUCUAUCCACCCUCGAGAAUGGGCGGAUAAACAUCCGAAAUGUUAAAGUCUAUCAAGUAUAUCAAUGUUCGUUAUUAUUUUGCGGAUGGAGCAUUUUGAAACAAAAAAGCUGUUUGAGAAUGUUUAUGAAUGUUUAUGAAGAAUAUUAAGAAAAAAUAUAGAAGAAUAGUAAUAAAGAAUAAAAAAAUAACAGCCACAGUAGAAAAAAAUUUUAUAACUCCAUUCUGCUUACUACAAGAAGUUUCAAGUCACAAAAAAAUAAGGUCACAAAAAAUAUUUAACAAGUUGCAUUUGCUGAAGCCUGAUAUUACAUAUUUACAGGAUAGAAAUUAUAUGUAUGUUUCAUGGCAACAUGUAUAAAAUAAAAUAAAAUUUUUUAUGUUUUCUUUUGUUUGUGCACUUGUUUGUUGUUGUUGUUGUUGUUGUUGUUGUUGUUGUUUUUAUAAAAUAUAUUAUGUUAUCAUAAAGUUCUGAUACUUUUUAAUACAAAAUUUAAACUCUCCAAAGGUACACUUAGUCCUUGCUUCAAGACUACCAGUUUCUACUUUCAUCUAUGAUAUUACUGCUCUUGCAUAUGUGCCCUUGAAUUACCUUAAAUUGAAUUCGUUAGACCAAAGAGACCAAAGUAAAAUUUAGGCGAAUUCAACGCUGUAGUUAAAAUUCAGAUGUGAUCUUUACCAGAAAUAAUAAAAACUCAUGUAAACACUCCUAAGAAACACGCAGUCGACCUUAGUGACUAAAACUGGUAUAAGUGUGCUUUAGAGCUCUUGUAAAAAUGACCUGUUAGAGAACAUACUUGUUGUAAUGCAUAAAAUAUUAUCAGUCUUUCGAUCGAUUUAUUACAACUUUUUGCAUGUUGAAACAUGUCAUUAAAAAAGGCUGUUUUAUUUUAUUGCCAUUAAAUCUAAUUAUGACAAUUAUUUUUUUAUUAAUUUUGUUUGUUUGAUAAAUUUUAUGCAUAGCUUUAUGCUUGACUUGUUAUGACUAACAUGUCAUUGCCCCACCUUUAUUUUGUGAUUAACUUUAUAUUAACUUUAUGUGUGCUGAUACCUUGUAUGCUGUUUACUUUAGA